GUAUCCAACAGACCAUUGAGCAGGAGGAGAGUCAGAACAAGUCUUCAGCUGACCUGAGGAUACGCAAGACACAGCACUCAACGCUGUCCCGUAAGUUUGUGGAGGUGAUGUCAGAGUACAACGCCACCCAGUCAGACUACAGGGAGCGCUGCAAGGGACGUAUCCAGAGACAGCUGGAGAUCACUGGGAGGAAUACAACAAACGAGGAGCUGGAGAGCAUGUUAGAGAGCGACAACCCAGCGAUCUUCACCUCAGGGAUCGUCAUGGACUCCAACAUCACCCAGCAGGCGAUGAACGAGAUCGAGACUCGUCACACUGAGAUCAUCAAGCUGGAGAACAGCAUCCGUGAGCUACAUGACAUGUUCAUGGACAUGGCCAUGCUGGUGGAGAGCCAGGUGAGGCCUAGCGACUAGCCAGACCCCAGCCUCGCCUAGCCAUUCACCCCACCACCCCCUCACUUCCCCUGGGCAUAGACUGGGACAGAGGGGCUGAGGAAGCCAACAGGUCCAGCAUUGAGCUCUGUUUCCAUGUGCAUAUGGCCUCACAGUGGAUAGAUUGGUGUUUUAUCACACAUAUAGCAACACUAUGUCGGUCUGUUCCCAGACCAGUAACACUACAUUGAAAAUAUGUUGUUGUUUUUUUAUUAAAUGUAAAGCUAUCUCUCAAACAAGAGUAGCACCUCAUUAAAUAUACCUGCAUUUAGAUUGGCUGAAGGACAGGCAGGAAACUGUGGGAAAGCUUACGUGGUAGAUUUACAUUAUUGUCAUUUAGCUGACUCUCUCAUCCAGAGCGACUUACAGUAGCGUAGAUUUUCCAUACUGGUCCCCCGUGGGAAUCGAACCCACAACUCUAGCAUCGCAAUCGCCAUGCUCUACCCACUGAGACACACGGUGGUAGAUACUGGUAGAUACUGGUAGAUACUGGUAGAUACUGGUAGAUACUGGUAGAU